CAGAGCUAUUCACUCCUGAGUGAAUGGACAUCUGCGUUACAACUCUCUCGCUGUGACUGGGUGAACUUGGGAUAUUCGAAGUAACACACUGAGAAGAUGAUGCUCCACUCUCUUUUCGGGAUCCUGUGCUUGAUCUCUGCAGUUCUCUGUGUGAGGCAGCCGUCUAAUGAUUACUGGGGUGAAUAUGGCCCGUACGGAGCCUGCAGCCGCACCUGUGGCACUGGAGUAGCAGUGAGAACCAGGGUCUGCAACACUAUGAGGACGGAUGGUGGGCACAAUUGCUUUGGACUAUCCAAGUCCUACAAACUCUGUAACACACAGGAAUGCCCUGUUGGAUCUAGAGAUUUCCGUGAAGAACAGUGUUCUCAUUUUGACCGAAUGGAGUUCCAGGGAAAACGUUACACGUGGCAGCCAUACUAUGGAGCUUCAAACCCAUGUGAGCUGGUGUGUGUGCCCAGAGGAGAGAACUUCUUCUACCGUCACAGACCUGCUGUGGUGGACGGCACACCAUGCUACGUGGGCCGCAGAGACUUUUGUGUGGAGGGAGUCUGCAGAGCGGUGAGCCAUGGGGAGAUUGUGGGUUUUGAGGAUCACUCUCUUCCUGUCACCUCUAGACGUGGCACUGGAGCUGCUGCCCUUCUGGUCACCUACAGGUACACAUACAGCACCUUUUCAGAGUGUUCACUGCACUGCGGUGGAGGAGUGCAGACCCGUAGUGUGUACUGUAUUAAUGAGAGAACAUCAGCAAUGGUCGAUGGAUCUCAUUGCACUGCACAAGGCCUCAGGAAACCAGCUUCCCAGAAGGCCUGCAACGAGCACCGCUGUGCCGAGUACAGUGUCGGUCCCUUUGGUGAUUGUUCGGUGACGUGUGGUGAGGGACAGCAGACACGAGAGGUGUUCUGUGUUGGGGGCAGAGGAGAGCGCAUCCCUGAGCACCACUGCAGGGGUCUCACACGCCCACAUGAUGCCAGAUCCUGUCAGAGAUCAGCUUGCCACAAACUUUUUAGAUACUAUAUCAAUGACUUCAGCCUGUGUUCUCGUAGCUGUGGAACUGGUACUCGCGAGCGCAGAGUGGUUUGCAUGGAUUUGGAUCGCAAUCAGUAUCCAGAUGAAAGAUGUUCUGCUUUCUCUAGACCUCAUGCUGCGGAGAACUGCAACACACAGCCCUGCCCUGGUGCACAAAUGGUGCCCAGCGUGCAGGACCCCAGUGGCUAUGAAAGCUCCUUGCGUGGAUUUGUGCCUUAUACACAUGAUGCAACCUCAGUUCACAGACCAAGCGAUCCAUACCCCUCAGUGACUGGGCCGCACUGUGCCCAGUCAUAUUAUGGCUGCUGUCCGGAUGGCCACACUGCUGCCUCAGGGCCUCGUGGGGAAGGCUGUGCUCACGAUGACUGUCAUAGGUCUAGAUAUGGCUGCUGCCUUGAUGGAGUAACAGCUGCCAAUGGUUUUGGAAGAGCAGGAUGUCCUGAUUACCCCUAUAGAGAUUAUAGUCCAGUCCAUCAGCCCUCUGCUAGUGUGUGCUCUUUGGCACGAGACGUUGGAUCCUGUUAUGAAUGGACAUCUCGUUUCUACUUUGAUUCUUCCUCUGGCUCUUGUUCACAAUUCUGGUUCGGUGGUUGCGAAGGGAAUGGAAAUAACUUUGUCUCCAAGGAGGAAUGUGAGCGGUCAUGUAAGGCUUCUGCCAGAGGCCUUGCCCCAAGAGAACCAACAUCCAGAAGAGGGAUCAAUGGGGUCAGAGGUUAUAGAAUGAGAUCCCGUGCAUAAAGGGGUUAAAAGAAGGGUAAUUGAAAUCCCACAACAGACAAAUCCAGCUCACAUAUAUGUAGACAAAACAGUUUAUUCAAGGUACACUCAGUCAUUUAUGCUGAUAUUAAAGGCAUCUUGGGUUUAAACUGUUUUAAUGAGGAAAAGAAUAUUAAUGGCCCCCUCAAGCUUUUUAUUAUACAUUCAGAGAAACACAUUCACUUUAUAGUAUUUGUCAAACAUGACAGUAUCAAAACAGUAAGAACAAUUUUCACACAUUACAAUCUCAAGAUAGAGAAGUUUCACCAAUUUCAUGAAAAUAAGAUUGCUGUUGCUGAAUUAAGCUAAAAUAAGCUUUCCUUUCUUCAUUCUGUGUUUCUAUAUCUGUACACUUUGUACUUCAAUUGUAUACUUUAUGCACAUUUUGUACUUCAGUUGUCUUGAUAUGCCAUUAAAGUGUUAACACAAACUA